GGGUGCCCACUCCCAUUGCGCUCGCCGCUCGUGCGCUCUGCUCUCGCUCCGCGCCCCCGCGAGGUGCAUUCCCUAGGAUCGUCGUGGGGCGCACGUCGUCAAGACAGGGCCGCUGCCCCACCCCAGCGCCGGAGUCCAGAUCUGCACAUCAGGUCAUCUGCUUUUCCUGGGGAGUCGCCACAGGCACAUUGACGGCUGGCGUUUCUCUGUCCUGUAUUCCCUUGAGUCUCCUCGCCUGGCUGCGAAUUCGGAUAAGUUCUUCCCGCUGAACUCUUGGGUUCCCCAGCGGAGCUUUCUUAGCUCCCCCCAAAACCGGUCUCCGUGGACAAGUGAUCCCUGCUGUUGCUGCCUUUGUUUAAAAACCAAGACGGUUUGUUGUGCUGACAUCCUAGCCUGUGAUUGCUGCUGCUGCUGCUGUCAUGAUCGAGCAAUGUCAGUUUCGCCACUCUUAAGCCCUGUGUGAACCGCGGACUCCGGACGCGGACGCGAACACGGACUGGACGCGGACCAACGUUUGAGCGUGCCUGCUCACACCUCCCCUCUUCGUAGAGAUGUCGGAGGCUGACUCAUCAUCUGGAUUUGCCGGAAGUGUGGAGAAUGGAACUUUCCUGGAGCUGUUUCCCACAUCGCUGUCCACGUCGGUGGACUCGUCCUCGGGCCACCUGUCCAACGUCUACAUCUAUGUCUCCAUAUUCCUCAGCCUCCUGGCUUUCCUGCUUCUGCUGCUGAUCAUUGCUCUUCAGAGGCUGAAGAACAUCAUCUCUUCCAGCUCCUCGUACCCGGAGUAUCCUAGUGACGCUGGGAGUUCUUUCACCAACCUAGAGGUGUGUAGUAUCUCCUCUCAGAGGUCGACGUUUUCAAACCUCUCAUCCUGAAGGAAAUAUUCCAAAUGAGAAUGGCUUUGGUUUCUCCGUACUGGAGGUAUUGCUUCAUGAAAGAAAUGAGCAUCAGGGCAGACCUGUUUUCCUCCUUCGUUUUUAAAUUUCUUUUCUCCUGAGUAUAUGCUUCUUUUGUGAAGAGAGGAGCCAUGCUGGUGGAAAUGCAGGUAAACUUUGAGGCAUGGGAUUCCACACAAAGUUCAUGGGUCACCUGAAGCCUGCUCAGCACUGUGUUGGGCACCACGGACUCAGACUACAGGGGAGACUGGGAAGAGACACUUCCACCCUGACUCUCUUACAAAAGACCGGGCACUGGAGACGAGCAGAAACUGGAAAGCCAAGUAGAGACUGUUUAGAAGAUAUUUUCUGUAUUUAAAAGAUAAAGCAGAGACGGGGGGGGGGGGGGGGGGGGGAGGGAGAGGGAGAAGGAGAGGGAAAAGAGAGAGAGAAAUUAUAUUUAACAUAUAACAUUUCCAAAGGGAGGUUAAAAUUGGCUAAAUGUUUUUAUUUAAUUUCACCUUAGCAAAUGUCACGCAUGAUGAGGACUGUUCCAGGGGCGUGGAAAGCUUUGGCGACACAAGGAAAGUGUGUCAUGAGGCAGUUGGCCCUGCUUUCUGCUCCUGGGUUUCCUCCUGGCUUGUGUUGCAGCCAGAUUGCUCUCCGGCUAUGGAAUCCUUUGUGACGGUCACUGUUGCUAUUACUAAGUGAAGCCCAGAAGAGGCCCAAUUCAUUUUAAUUUCCUCACUAUGGUUUCCAUCCAGUGGGAAUUAAAUAUAAAGACAUAUUCGUUGAGUUGCAUUUUAUACAGUGAUAUUCCUAGCACUCGUGUGCUCCUUCAUUUCCAUCCUUUAAAGCUUUGCUGCACAAUAACAUGGCCUCUAAGGUGUCAGUGUGUGCUCAUGUGAUUUCUCGAUCCUUAGGGACAAUGUCGCUAAUAGUCGUGUCAUCCUCCACACACGGGGCCUGUCUCUGAUGACUUGUUCAUGUUGACAUAAUGCUCUGGUUUUCUAAGCGGUGAGUUUAUGCUAAAACUGCAGACAUUGCAAUUGGGUAGCUGCAGACACUGGGCGCUGCUAUCCUGAGGCCACCCACGGGUGUCCAUGAGAUGAGGCACAGCUGUGAGCACAAGGCUGUGCAGGGAAUUGAUCAGAGCCAAUGACAGCUUGUAUGGAUACGAAUUUAAAAUCAAUGUGUAAAAUAAAUGGUCCACAGACUGAACUCUGAGCUGGGUAACCUGAGUGCCGCCGAGCCAACAUACAGGUCUUUCUUAGGCAAAGUAGUUAUUCCCUGCUCACAAAAUGUGAUAAUCUCAAACACUGUAACUCCCACACAUAAACACACCCAGCGGAUAGGUUGUGCAGUCAGGACACCCUGGGGACUGGAAUGGGAGAAAGAGUGAAACAUUUUCCAGGCCCUGCCUGACAUCCUAGACACGCUGAGGGUUUAAAGUGGUCAAGACUAUCAAAGGCUGCUUCCUUCUUUUUUCUCCUCAGUCAGAUCGGGACACACUUAGCUACUUACAUUUCCAAAGUAUCUACAGACACCAUCAGACCAGUGCAGAUGCUGCCCUACAACGUGUAGUGAAAAAUCUUGUGUCAGCUGUCAUGUAACGUGUGACUUAAUACAUAUUAAAAUCUUGGACUGGAGAGGUUCUGCAGUUUGGGUGCAAACUGCCAUUCUCUGAGUGCACAUUCUCUCUGUGGGCACAUGGAUGCGUGUAAAUACGUACACGCGGUGUGUGCACAGACACGUGGAUGCGUGCACAGGUUUUCAGGGAAACGUUGUGGGACAGCUAUCAGGAAUUCAGAAGCAUCUGCAAUGUCACUUAUGCUCUUCUGAUCAUUUUGGUUCUUUGGGUAAAGAGAUUCUAACAAAUAAAAGGACAAACAUCCCGAAUGACAAGUCAACCUCGUCAGGUCCCGUCCUGCAGAGGUAACUUCAUAUUCUUUUCUCCUGGAAUAGAUUCAAAGACUUUAGACAGCAAAACUACCGAAGUCAAACUCACUUGCCUCUCUGCAGGUGCGCUGCCUAACUAGCCACAUCGAUUCUUGUGCCUGGAGAUAGGCGGAGCAAUUAGUAGCAGAACUCACCGGUGGAAAAGAGGCAUCGCCACUAAGCAUUGUAGAACUUGGGAGGAAUCUGUCUUGUGGAAAUGUUCAGAGAGACUGGAAUACAGGUAUACAAAUAAAGAAGUGGAGUCUGUUGAAA